CGAAGAACAGAAGACUGGAGAUCUGAUUAACAACAGUAAAUACAGAAAGAGACCAGCCUCUCACUAUGACAGCAGGAAGAGUCCUUCAGGGGAACCAGACCCAAAGCCUCCCAAACCUGCGAGACAACACCACUGCAUCCAAUGUAAUAUGAGUUUUAAGUGGUCAUGGAAGCUGAAAGAGCAUAAAAGGACACACGUAGGAGAAAAGCCCUUCCAAUGCUCCCAGUGUGGAAAGAGUUUUACUUUGUUAGGGAGCCUGAACAAACAUAAGAGAAUACACACAGGAGAAAAGCCUUAUCACUGCUCCCAAUGUGGAAAUAGUUUUAUGUGGUUAGGGAGCCUGAACAAACACAAGCGAAUACAUUCUGGAGAGAAGCCUUACCCCUGUUCCCAUUGUGGAAAGAAUUUUAGGUUGUUAGAUACUCUGAAGGAGCACGAGAGGACACACACAGGGGAGAAACCUUACCAUUGCCCCCAGUGUGGAAUUAGUUUUACCCAGUUAGGGAACCUAAACAAACACAAGAAAAUACACUCUGGAGAGAAACCGUACCCCUGUUCCCAUUGUGGAAAGAAUUUUAGGUUGUUAGAUAAUCUGAAAGAGCAUGAGAGGACACACACGGGGGAGAAGCCUUACCAAUGCUCCCAGUGUGGAAAGGAUUUUACCCAGUUAGGGAACCUAAAAAAGCAUGAGAUAAUACACUCUAGAGAUAAGCCGUACCACUGCUCCCAUUGUGAAAAGAGAUUUACCCAGUUAGGGAGCCUGAACAAACAUAAGAAAAUACACUCUGGAGAGAAACCAUACCCCUGUUCCCAUUGUGGAAAGCAUUUUAGGUUGUUAGAUAAUCUGAAAGAGCACGAGAGGACACACACCGGGGAGAAACCAUACCAUUGCGCCCAAUGUGGAAAGGAUUUUACCAAGUUAGGGAACCUAAAAGAGCACGAGAGAAUACACUCUGGAGAGACACCUUACCACUGUUCCCAUUGUGGAAAGAGUUUUAUCCAGUUAGGGAACCUGAACAAACAUAAGAGAAUACACUCUGCAGAGAAGCCUUACCCCUGUUCCCAUUGUGGAAAGAGUUUUACCCAGUUAGGGAACUUAAACAAACAUAAAAUAAUACACUCUGCAGAGAAGCCUUAACAUUGUUCCAAGUUAGGGAACCUAAAAAAGGCAUGAGAACAUAAACACACAGUUUGGAAAGAGUUUUAGUUAGGGAACCUAAUUGUGGAAAGACAUUUUCCCGGACAGAGAACCUGAAAUGACAUGAGAGAAUAGACAGGCUGUGUUCUGACUCAUGUUUUUGAGUGUGUUUUUUUUGACACCACAUUAAAUCAUAUUGUUUAUAUCAAAUCUUCCCCAAAAUAGGUCUACUUUAGUUUUAUCCUCUUGAGACAUGAUUACAAUAACAAUAAAGUUACAUUUUAAAAUGUGUAUUUUAUUUUGAUUAUGGAUUUGGAUUGAUUUGAAUAGAAAUAUAAACACUUAGAUGUUAAUGAUUUGGAAAGUUGUGAAAUGUAAUUAUUAAAUGGAUGAAUAUAAAUGGGUUCAUAAGCAACCAUUUUAAAUUUUAAAACAGGUUCUCUGGCAGAAAAUGCGUAUCAGCUAAUUACAAUCAGGGAUUUACUUGCAGGCUAAAUUGAAGCGAUUCUCAUCAGAUAACAUGGCACACGUUAACCCUAUGUUAACCCUAUGCUUGGCACACGUUAACCCUAUGCUUGGCACACUUCAUAAAUGUUCCCAUCGGUAUUAUUAAAACAUUUUCUAGCUACUUCAUGAAUGUUCCAUAUGUAUUAUUAAAACAUUUACUAGCUCCUUCAUGAAUGUUCCAUCUGUAUUAUUAAAACAUUUACUAGCUACUUCAUGAAUGUCCCAUCAGUGUUAUUAAAAAAUUUCCUUGCUACUUCAUGAAUGUUCCAUCUGUAUUAUUAAAACAUUUACUAGCUACUUCAUGAAUGUUCCCAUCAGUAUUAUUAAAACAUUUCCUUGUUACUUCAUGAAUGUUCCCAUCGGUAUUAUUAAAACAUUUCCUAGCUACUUCAUGAAUGUUCCCAUCUGUAUUAUUAAAACAUUUCCUAACUACCACAUCGACGGGACAGUAGUGGA